ACGUGAUUACAUGAAUCAUGAUAUCGUCCCCGGCCGGUCUGGGCUCUCCCAAUUCAUAACCGAAACCCCCAGCGAAAACGAAAAACGAAAGACGAAAAAGCGCAGAACAAUCUCGAAGAAGAAGGAGGAGGAGGAGGAGGCGAUAAUGGGGGUGGACUAUUACAACAUACUGAAAGUGAAUCGGAACGCGACGGACGAUGACCUGAAGAAGGCGUACAAGCGGCUGGCGAUGAUUUGGCACCCGGACAAGAACCCGGCGGGGAAGCGACCCGAGGCCGAGGCCAAGUUCAAGCAAAUCUCCGAGGCCUACGACGUCCUCAGCGACCCGGCCAAGCGCCAGAUCUACGACCUCUACGGCGAGGAGGCUUUGAAAUCGGGCCAAUUCCCCCCGCCCUCUUCUUCCUCCUCGUCUCGCUCCGGCGCUGGGCCCCACUACUACACCAGCCACGUGCACCACCACCAGCGCCACCCAAACGCCUCCACCUUCAGGUUCAAUCCCAGGGACGCUGAGGAUAUUUAUGCCGAGAUUUUUGGAUCGGACGGCGGCGGAGGUGGUGUUGGUGGUGGUGGCGGGAGGGGGUAUAGGGAUGGAUUCUUUAGGACGUCCAAUGGUGGUGGGCCAGAGUUUGCGGGACCCAGUGGUAGUGGGCCUGGGCCUGGGCUUGGGAGGAAGGCCAAUGCGGUUGAGAAUUUGUUGCCUUGCAGCUUGGAGGAGCUCUAUAAGGGGGUCAAGAAGAAGAUGAAGAUUUCCAGAAACAUCUACGAUGCUGUUGGUGCUGGUAAGGUUCGGACUGUGGAGGAGAUAUUGACCAUCGAGAUCAGACCUGGUUGGAAGAAGGGCACAAAGAUCACCUUCCCGGAGAAGGGUAACCAGGAGCCUAAUGUCAUUCCGGCAGAUCUCAUUUUUGUGGUAGACGAGAAACCACAUGCACUUUAUAAGAGGGAUGGUAAUGAUCUGGUGGUCAAUCAGGAGAUAACACUGUUGGAGGCACUUACUGGCAAGACUCUUGACCUAACCACCCUAGACGGAAGGAAUCUCACGAUCCCGUUAACUGAUAUCAUCAAACCUGGAGCCGAGAUGGUAGUACCAAAUGAGGGGAUGCCAAUCUCAAAAGAACCUGGGAAAAAGGGAAACUUGAGAAUCAAGUUUGAUGUCAAGUAUCCUUCACGACUCACCACAGAACAGAAGUCUGAUCUGAAAAGAGUUCUGGGAGGAGUUUCAUUAUGACUGCUAACUAUGGAUCUCAGGGUUGACCGUAAUGUAAAUACAAUACGUGUAUGCUAUUAUUUGGAGAGUGUGAAUACUAGAAGCUUUCUGGGGUGAAAGGAAGAGUUUUGGGCGCAGUUUUAGCAGGCUCCUGCAAUCUGCUUCUUGUGGCACGAUGGAAUUAAUUAAGGCAUUUUUUGGGUCAGUUCAUUUUUUUAAUUUAUUAUUUUCAUUUGCAUUCUAUAUACCUAGAAAUUGUCCUUUGGAUUUUGAUUAGAUAGUAACGAGAGUUGCUCACUUCUAGAAAUUGAAUUAUUGAAUUUGAUUGUGUUUGGU